AUGCUGUCGUAUCGAGGAUAUGGGUUAAGCGAAGGACGUCCGACCGAAAAGGGCCUCCAAAUGGAUGCGCAGGCUGUUCUCGAUUACAUUCAACGUCAUCCCAUCCUCAGACACACCAGACUUAUUGCUUAUGGUCAAUCAUUGGGUGGUGCUGUUGCUAUUAGUCUUGUUUCCCGAAACGAAGACAAAUUUCAUGCAUUAAUUAUCGAAAAUACGUUCUUGAGUGUGCCUAUUUUAAUUCCCUACAUUUUACCGGCUUUACGGCAUCUGGUUUAUCUGUGCCAUCAAACAUGGCGUUCUUACAAAUGGAUUCGAUUUAUACGACAUAUUCCCAUUCUAUUUUUAUCCAGCUUGAAAGAUGAAUUGGUGCCACCAGCUCAUAUGGCGAAAUUAUACAAGAUUGCACAAACCACCGGUGUGAAGGUGUGGCGCGAUUUUGAAAAUGGUACUCACAACGAUACAUGCAUGCAGGAAGGCUAUUUCGAAAGCAUUGCUGAAUUUGUUCGAUCCAACGUAUGGGAAGUCAAUUGA